UCGAAGAAAUAUAUAUUUAGUAUAAAUUACAUCAUCAAUAUCCAAUUGCUUCCAUCAAUUUUGUAAAUUGUUUUAGUUUUUCAUUUUGCUUUAUUUCUACAUGUAAUUCAAGAUAUUUUUUCUGAAGUUUAUUUUAAAUAUUUAAGGAAGAUUUGUGAUAGAAUUUGUAGUUAUUGUAAUGAUUGUUUAAUGCGACAAAUUUUAACAUUUCUUUGAUGGAACAUAUUUCUGUAAGAAUGUUACACUACAAAAUUAUAUUGUAUCUACUAUUAUUGUAUCAAUUCGUAAUAUGUUCAAAUGUGACUGAAACCAUAUUAUCCUCGCAAGAUCAACUGUCAAUAGAGGAAUCUAUUACUAAUGAGAAUAUCUGGAAGAAUUUUACGGAACAGCUUAUUCAUGAUAAAGACGAAUUCAAGCUUUCAUCGAACAAUGCGACUGCACCAAAUGACAGAAAUAAUGAGAAAAAACUUUGGGAUGGUGAUCAAUUUUUGGAAAUCUGGAAUCCAAUUGUCAUCUCGCGAAUCUGGAAGAACGAGACGUACCGAGAUGCAGAUAUUUCGUUAUCAUGCGGUGAAGAUAUUACUCGUUACAUGAUGGGCGUAUCGAGGAAAGCAAAUUGGGCUCUAAAAAUGAUGGAUGCGGACGGUAAAUAUACAUGGGGCGCAUUUUCUGCUAAUAAAUUUUGGAUUGGAGAUCCAAAUCAAUGUCGCAAAAUGGAAAACGAAUUCAUAGAAUGGCAAAAGAAUGAAAAACUCCAACGAAGCAAAGAAUUACCGCCCUUUCGCGUCAGCGUAAACUCCAUCAAUCUUAUGCUUGAAAUCCUGAAGUUUGGAAAUGAGAUUCAAAAUAUUACGCUUGGAUUAUGUAUGCCAAUCGUAUGCGACACAAAGGAUAUCGAGAAACUUCUGUAUUUCGUACAAAAUCAAUCUAGUAUAAGUUUGUCGUCAAGGAUUACUAUCAAUCAUAUACGAAAUCUUUCAAAAGGAUAUACAUUUUGGGAAGAUACAACAUUCUAUAUUUUAUUAGUUUCUUUCGUCAUUGUGUGCAUACUUAUACUUAUGGGCACAUUUUAUGAUGUUAUACUGCGUUAUAAAAUCUUGCGCAGAGCAAAUCAAAGAGAUAACAACAAUAUUACAAUCAUGAAGGAAUCGACAUCCCUGAGAUCUAAUGGAAAUUUCGAUCGACGAAUUACAAUCUCGAAAUUAUGGACUGUGACGAAGCACAACGGUUCCUUGGAUGUCCGUAAUCCAAAAGUCGUACCAAAACCUUUAUCGGAGGCAUUGCUGUCUUUCAGUUUACUUGUAAAUAUAUCUAAACUCUGUAAUCUGAAUGUCGGUGAGGAUACGUUAGCACCGAUACACGGAUUAAAAUUUUACACGAUGCUGUGGAUAAUUCUGGUACACACAUGCUUAUAUAUUAACUCAAUUUCAGAUUCUAAAAUGUUUCGAACUAUAGCGGAAAAUGACUUUUUUUAUCAGCCCAUCGGUAAUGGUACAUAUUCUGUGGACACAUUUUUUUUUAUCAGCGGAUGUUUAGUAGCAUUCCUUUAUUAUCGUACAAUGGCGAAUAAAAAGAUACAAGAGAAAACGAUAAUAAAGGGAUGUCACGGUCAAGUCCUGCAAUUUCUGGCAAUGAUGUGGUACAGAUACUUCCGCUUGACUCCAGUUUAUCUCUUGGUGAUUGGUUUGAUUCAAGUAUCGAUGAAAUGGUAUCAUGAUCACUCCAUAAUUAAAGUGUAUCCAUUUGUACCGGAUCAUAUAACGUGCGAGAAAUUCUGGUGGCGGAACGCCUUGUAUAUAAAUACUUAUUUCGAUAUGAAUGAGCGAUGUAUGACUUGGAGUUGGUAUCUGGCGAACGAUACACAAUUCUAUACUAUGGGAAUAAUUAUUUUGAUAAUCGGAGCGAGCUUUCUACCGGCAGCAGCAUUCAUCGGAGCUUUCUUUUUAAUCACCUCAUGGGUCACGACAGCGAUAAUUACUUUGAACCUCAAGCACGUACCAAGUAUCCAGGAACCGUACGCGCACUAUGAUAGCCUCUACGACAAGCCAUGGAUACGAAUAGGACCAUAUCUUAUAGGAAUGGCCACCGGUUGGUAUCUCUUCAAGAUCAACUGCAAGAUUAAUAUAAAUAAAGCUGUGGUUGCAAUAGGUUGGUCUAUUUCUCUGACCACUAUGGCUAGUAUAAUAUUCGGAUUAUACGGAAAUUCGUUCGGACCGGUACUGUCCGCAUUGUAUAUGGCAUUAUCACAUUCCGGAUGGGCAAUUUGUUUGGCAUGGAUUUUGAUCGCAUGUGUUAGCGGAUAUGGCGGUAUAGUGGCCCAUUUAUUAUCAUGGAAGUACCUAUAUCCUUUUUCCAGAUUAACAUAUUGUGCUUAUUUAGUGCAUCCUGCACUUUUGCGAGCGAUGAUGCUGCAUACUGAAAGUUCGUUGCAUCUUUCACAUAUCCUUAUGGCAUUUCUAUUUUUCGGAGUUGUGCUCGCAUCAUUUGCUGCAUCGCUAUUCCUGUGCUUGUUUUUUGAAGCACCAGUAGUGUCCUUGUUGAGAAUAGUUCAUCCCAUGAGAAACUGGAAAUCUCUCUAAAGAAAAUGGAACUUUGCGUAUGAAAUAAACAAAUAUUUAUGCGAAAAUGUAAAAAAUGCUUUGCUAGAUUUAUAUUUAAAAUAUAUGCUUUUUAUUACAGUAUAUUUAAUAUAAUCAAGAUAACGUUUGUGUAAAAUGAAAAAAUGUUUGUGUAUUUCUAAAGAUAUAAAAAAUGCUUUGCAUGAUUUAUAUUCCAGUAUUUAUAAAAUGUAUGCUUUUUAUUAUAUUAUAUUUAAUGUAAUAGAGAUAGAGUUUGCGUAAAAUAUUUGUAUGUUUCUGAAGAUGUGAGAAAUGCUUUGCAUUAUUUGUAUUGCAAUAUUUCAAGUAUAAGCUUUCUAUUAUGGUGUUAUUAUGAUACGAUUUAAAUUAAAUGCAGGGGAUGUGUAAUUUAAUCAAUGUAAAAAAUCAUAUAUUUUUUUUUUUUUUUUUUACAAAACAUUGUAAACAUUUUUUGUUCAUGUCAUCGAGUAAUUCUAAACAUUUACGAUUAGCGUUAAUCAAAGAUUCAGAAACCGUAGAAACCAUUUUACAGUUUUCAUUAGUUUCCUUUAUGCGGAAAUAUCGUAUCGUUACACGCUUGCCGAUUAAUAUUCAAUAAUCAAGUAAGAUUAUCACAUUUCUUAAUUCUUAACUUCAUUACACGAUGACAAGUUAACAAGUUAUGCAUUUGUAAAAAUUACAAUCUUUCUUUCAACUUAUGCCUUAAUAUAAAAAUGAAUUAUCAAUAAAAAUAAAAUCUGAAUAUAUAAAA